CCCAGUGUCUCUCUCGUUUCCCCACUCGGACGACUAUCUCCCGACUCUCUCCUGCGCCUCCUAUUCUCGCCAUCUCCCUCAUCUCGCACCUCCAAUUAGCGCAGUUGGCUACGGACGGCGCGAAAGAAGUUCCACACACACACACCCUUUUCCCAUCCACCUCCACUCUCAUCUGUCCCAUCCCCCCUCCCUCCUCUCGCGUCACGAUGUCUCGCCGACUCCGCGUGCUGCUCGUGCUACUCGUGCUGUUCGCCACGUGCGCGCUGCACCUCCUCCUGCACUUCACGGCUCCCGUCGAGAGCGUCUGGGACAAGGCGACGGGAGACUGUCCCUGCGCCCAGCAGCAGCAUCAGCAGCAAUAUCGCCAUCAGCAACAUCGCCAUCAGCAGCAGCAGGACGAUGACCUCGAACAGAAGCAAGGGCUCGACCGCGAGGUCAAAUUCGCAGACGCGAAGUCACAUCGAGUUGCCUCCACCCCGUCGCCUCGUCCUCCUCAUCCCCCGUCGUCGUCGUCGUCACCAGCGCCAUCAUCGUCGUCCUCACCUCUGCUGGAGGAGCUGUUUAGACAUCCCCUGUACGGGGGCCCUGCGCGGGAGGGGAGCAAGGGCGACGUUGAUGAUGGUGAUGAUGAUGAUGGUGAUGAUGAUGGUGAUGAUGAUGGUGAUGAUGGUGAACUUCUCUUGAGUCCAGCGUCUGAGCCGCUUGACUCCGGCGAGCAGCGAGAAGACGCGUGGAUGGCUGAUGGGGAGGAGGCCCCUGCGUGGCUGCGCUUCCACCGCGGCAUCUCGCGUGGCGCCCUCUACCCACGCGCCUCUCCCGCACUGCCCGCGCUGCUGCGAGACCUCGCCCAGCAGAGGAUCGUGAGCGCCGUGAUGAAGCCGGGCGGCACGCAGCUGAAGCUGGUGAUGUCGCUGGAGAACGGGGGGGUCGCCCUGCUCAAGCCCAUGAAACAGAAUCGGGACCAGGAGACUUCCCCGGAUUUUUUUUACUUCUCCGACUUAGAGCGACACAACGCAGAGAUUGCAGCCUUCCACCUGGACAGGAUCCUGGACUUCCGCCGCGUUCCGCCCGUCUCUGGGAGGCUCCUCAACCUCACAAGGGAAAUCCGCGACAUCAGCAAGGACAAGAAGCUCCUCAAGACAUUCUUCAUCUCGCCAGCCAACAACGUGUGCUUCUACGGCGAGUGCUCCUACUACUGCUCCACGGAGCACGCGCUGUGCGGGCGGCCUGACCAGCUGGAGGCCUCGCUGGCCGCCUUCCUGCCCGACACGGCCGAGGCGCCACGCAAGUCGUGGCGAAACCCGUGGCGCCGGUCGUACAACAAGCGGCGCAAGGCCGACUGGGAGGUUGACCCCGGCUACUGCGACGAGGUGAAGCGGACGCCGCCGUACAACUCCGGCAAGCGGCUCCUGGACGUCGUCGACAUGAGCAUCUUCGACUUCCUCACAGGGAACAUGGACAGACACCACUACGAGACGUUCGAGAAGUUCGGCAACAACACCUUCCUCCUGCACCUGGACAACGGACGUGGGUUCGGGAAGCACUCGCAUGAUGAAAUAUCCAUCCUGGCACCACUCAUCCAGUGCUGCGUCGUGCGUCGCUCCACGCUGUCGCGCCUGUCGCUGUUGUCGCGCGCCCCGCUGCUGCUCAGCUCGCUGAUGCGCGAGAGCGGCGCCGCGGACCCCGUGGCCCCGCUGCUGCCCGAGGGGCACCUCGCGGCCCUGGACCGCCGCGUCGCGCGCGUCCUCUCCGCCGCGAGCGACUGCCUCGAGAAGCACGGCCGAGCGAGCGUCUUCCGCUACGGCGCCGCCGCCGCCGCUACCUCUGCUGUGGCCGUCACGGAGGAGAUGAAGAGGGGACGGCGGCACAAGCAUCAUCAGCAGAAGCAGCAGCAGCAGCGAAUUCACGAGUGGGACAAGGCGCCCAGGAACGUCGCGCGAAGGUAGCGCUGGUGGCGGUGGAGCAGCGUCGACCAGGGGCAGCAGCAGCAGGAACAAACUGUUGCACCGGCAGCAGAAGUGGUAACAGCAGCAGCAACAAUGGAGAGUAACUGCUGCAUCCUGAAAAGCAGCACAACCAGCAGCAGCAGCGAGGGUAAUAACAGCUGCGACUGCAGCAGAAGCAACAGCAGCAGCAACUGCUGCUUUUGCAACAGCAGCAGCAGGAACAGCAGCUAUGGCCCGACAACUCUUUGACUAAAUCGAAUCUCGUCAGCUGCUCCGGCGACACGGUAGCAACAGUCACGCACGCGUGCAGCAUCAUCCACAGCAUUGUCAACACAAGCAGCAGCAGCAGUAACGGCAGCAGCGACAGCCACAUUGCUCAACAGUGACCACAGCCACAACAUUCUCAAGCAGCAGGAGCAACAAAAUCAGCAGCAGCAGCAUCAGCCACAUUCCUCACACUCACAGUAGCAACAGCAGCGCCAGCAAAUCUAAGGGUGUCAAAAAGAAGUCACGAUUGUGUCACUCGAUUCUCGGUUUUGUUUUGAUGGUUUUUUGUCCUCUCCUGCGACGUUGUUCCGAUCGUGCCACCACCGGUGUCGCGUCACGAGCCUUAGAAUCCAAUCGCAGAGCGGCCCGUGGAAGCGGCUAUCACGGAGUUACUUCUGAGACUCUGUCGCGGGAGUAACGCUCGCCACACGACGGCCAGACCGACAGUCUCACUCCAGUGACGUGCAACAUCAAAAGGCAUUGUGGGUGCGUGCGUGUGUUAUGAGACCUAGAUUUGAAGCUUUCGUGACUGCAAGGAUUCAUAUUCUUAGGUUUUUUUGGGUAA